AGUCUACGCUAAAGAAGAAGCCUUGCAAGAUGAAGGAAACGACUGAACCUGUGUUUGUCAACAGCAAUUAAAUGCCACUAGAGAGCGUUUGAAGAAUUUAUUAACCGUAUUCAGGAUUGUGGCAAUAUUUCGCUCGUCCCUGAGAAGAGUUUCCCACACUCCUGCCCCGUUUGCGGGUCGCUGUGCCGGGGUGUUCUGUGGUGGCAAGGCAGCGGGUAGUGUCAUGCCAGAGGAGUGAGGUGUCAAAGGCCAGCAGAACCCUCCGUGGCCGUCCGGUCUCUGUGGUGAUGAAGCUGAAGCAGCGCUUGGUCGUGCUGUGCGCUGUUUUGCUGCUCUUGGGCCUGGUGAAGGUCUUUCUGCUGGACGGCGGAGAGGGCACAGCCGCCGGCCGCAGGGACCUGCGAGCCUUUCGUAAGAUGGAGUCCAGCCUGGCUCUGGUGAAGGGCGCACAGCUCACACACACGCUGCAGUCACCUUGGGAAGUAGCAGCGCAGUGGGUGGGGCCCAGGGAGGUUUACCCCGAUGACACGCCUGAGCUGGCAGCAGUGCUGAGUGCUUUGGCCACAGCCCGAGUGGAAAGAGCUGAUGUUGGGUACAAGGGCACUCAGCUCAAAGCCCUGCUGGUGUUGGAUGGAGGACAGAAGGUCGUCUUCAAACCCAAGAGGUACAGCAGGGAUUUUGUAGUAGAGGGAGAACCGUAUGCGGGAUAUGACAGGCACAAUGCGGAGAUUGCUGCCUUUCACCUCGACAGAAUUUUGGGUUUCAGAAGAGCUCCCCUAGUGGUGGGGAGGUUUGUCAACUUGCGCACAGAAAUAAAGCCAGUGGCCACAGACCAACUACUGAGCACCUUUCUUAAGCAUGGGAAUAACAGCUGUUUCUAUGGAAAGUGUUACUACUGCAGAGAGAGUGAACCAGCGUGUGCAGAGGGUGAUGUAAUGGAGGGUUCUGUUACGCUCUGGCUCCCGGACGUCUGGCCUCUACAGAAACACAGACACCCCUGGGGGCGCACUUACAGAGAGGGCAAACUCGCCAGGUGGGAGUAUGAUGAGAGCUACUGUGAAGCGGUGAAAAAGAUGCCUCCGUACGACUCUGGACCACGUCUCCUAGAUGUCAUUGAUACAGCCAUUUUUGAUUACCUCAUUGGAAAUGCCGAUCGCCAUCAUUAUGAAAGUUUCCAAGAUGACGGUGGAGCCAGCAUGCUCAUCCUUCUGGACAACGCUAAGAGUUUUGGGAACCCCGCCCUCGAUGAAAGGAGCAUCCUGGCCCCUCUCUAUCAGUGCUGCAUGGUCCGUGUGUCGACCUGGAACAGGUUGAACCUUCUGAGGGGCGGAGUUUUGAGUUCAGCGAUGCGACAGGCUACUGCUCACGACCCCGCCUUCCCAGUGCUAACAGAGCCGCAUCUAGCCGCGCUGGACAGACGCCUUAACGGUGUCCUAGCAACUAUACGACAGUGCAUAGAGACCCAGGGACCAGACAGCACUCUCAUUGAGGACCGUAUGGAUCUGCCUCAUCCGUAGAGCAGGUGUACAAGAGAACAGAACCAGGGAGAAAAGAAGGGAGGAUUCAGACCUGUGGGGGCAAGCAUAGCCCUCCAUUUCCUGUUUUAGUGAUGCAGCUAUGAGGAGCUGAUGGCGAGCAGCAGGAAAUGACCUCAUGGAAUUCUUUAAAAGGACAGUGCGUGUUAGACCGUGGCCGCCAACGCCCGAAAAAUCGACACUUUUUACACACGACCCUUACAGUUCUGUCUGUUUUAAUCUGGCUUUCUCCACUUGAUUCUUUCCACACAGCUGAACUGAUAUGUUUCACAAUUUUUCUUACUAUCCCUCUCUUUCACUCUCAGACUUUCUUUCUCUCUCUCUCUCAGUCAGUCUCUCUCUCUCUCUCUCUCUCUCUCUCUCAGUCUCUCUCUCUCUCUUCCUUGGAGACUGCUUGGAGGGCACACAGGUGCCAAAGGGCCUGGUUAUCGACACAGCCAUAAGACUAACUCUCAGGAUGGGCUGGGGAUUGGGUGGAGGGGCGGCUGAUGUAGGAUAAGACCAUGGCAGUUAUGCUACUGACUUUCUUAAACUACAAGUGAAUGGCAGAGGCAGCCAGACCUGCCCUCACUGCAAACAGACUGCACAAGCAGACGGAACAAUGAAAUACUAAUAUUGAUAAUAAUUGUAUGACUGAUGGAAGGGUUGUAAUAAUUGUUGUUAUACCUGCGUUGCAUAUGACUUGUGACUGCAGUGUUGCGUAGUGGAGAUGUCCAGACCAGACAAGCAAGG